AUGUCUGAAUCUCAACUUUUUCUUAAUUCUAUUCAUAAAGGUGAAAUAGUUGAGAUCUAUCGUCUUAUUCGUAAGCUUGAAAUUUACCCUCAUAAGUGCUUGGAUUCAAAAUUAUACACAGCUCUACACAUUUCAAGCUUAAAAGGAAACUAUGCAGUCUUAGAAUUUUUGGUCACUCACGUAUUAUCAAUAUAGAUUAAUCAAUCUUGUGGAUUUGAGGCUCCAAAAAUAUUAAAAGAAUGAGUCAAUAUGAAAACAGAUGAAGGAUUUACAGCGCUUCAUUUUGGUGCAUUUAAAGGAAGUCUUGUAAAACUUACAUAGAAAAUAGUCAAACUUUUAAUAGAAAUUGGUGCAGAUAUUAAUGCAGUGAACUUACAAGGGCUUGGAGUGGUUCAUAUUGCUGCUCAAGGAGACCAGCCACUUGUACUGACUUAUUUUAAAGAAAUUGGAAUGAGCAUGGAGCCUUUGGACCAGAAAAAUAGCACACCGCUGCAUUGGUCGUGCUAUAUGGGCUGUGAAAUUCCAGCGUCUAUUUUAAUCUCAAUGGGAUGCUCUUUAAAUCAGCCUGAUGCUGAUGGUCAUACACCUUUGCAUUUAGCUGUUAUUGCUAAAAAUCAAAGGAUUAUAAAAUGUUUACUAAUCAAAGGAGCUGAUCGGUUUGCAAAAGAUUCAUCAGGGAAAACACCAAUUGAUAUCGCAAGAAAUGAUAAAGAUUAUGCAAUUUCUGCUUUGCUGAAACCUCCAAGAAUAUGAUCUGAAUGUGCACUAAAGCCUCCUUUAAGGCCACCAAAAUACACAUAUAUGUCAGUCUCUGUAUUUCUUACUUUAUUCCUUUCUGGGACAUUAUCAAUGAUUCUCUUUAAUCUCCAAUACGCUGAAGAAUUCAUAGGCUACAUCUAUUUUGGUGUAAUUAUCCUUACAUUCAUUUUUUUCCUUUGUGUAAGUCUACGAAACCCAGGGUAUAUAGAGCACUCAAAUGCAAGUCAUUUCCAGCUAUAUGAAAAAUACGAAAGCCACCUUAUCUGUCCGGACUGUAAAAUAUAUAGACCAGCCAGAUCUAGACAUUGCCAAAUCUGUGAUAAAUGUGUAGAAAAAUUUGACCAUCAUUGUCCUUGGGUCAAUAACUGCAUUGGAGCGAGAAAUUUAGGAUUUUUUUUUGCUUUUAUCAAUUCCUUAUGGGUGACUUUUGCCUUAACAGUUGCUAUUUGCGCACAAACCCUAGAUAGUUCUUCACAUAUAAGUGGGUUUGUAGAUAUAUCUUUAAGUGAAAGCCAUUUAUUGGCUUACAUUUUUGGCGUUUUAUCAGCGAUUGCUUUAAUUCCGCUCACAAUUUUAGUAACAAUUCAUUAUCAGAAUUUCUUAACUCCCCCAUUUAAAUUGGAAUAAAAUAUAGAUAAAAUUUCCAUUUUUUUGGAGUUGACCCCCUUUUAAAUUGGAACAAAAUUCAAUUUUAUAAAAUUUUAUAGACAAAAAUCAUAACUAUAUAAUUUUUUCUAUAUAAAUUUUAUAUUGAUUUUUUUUUAUAAAAAAAUUUUCUUAACCCCCCUUUAAAUUGGAACAAAAUUUUUUGUUCCAAUUUAAAGGGGGAGUAAGUAAUACAACUACAAAUGAGCGUUUUUCUAGCUCAAAAAAGCAUGCAGAAAACAAUGAAGAUUUUAAAAUUUCUUUUUUCAAACCAGAGCAAAGCAAGAUAAAAAACUUCUUAAACAUGUGCUGCGAUAAACAGCCGCAUAAAAGAGUUUCUGUAGAAAUCAGACCUUUUGAAGAAGAGUCUGUACUGUAUCAAAAUGUGGUGAAAGAGUAUGACCAGAUGUAUGCAAGUGAACUGAUUCCUUCAUAG